AUGGUCAAGAAGUACGUUCUCGUCUCCGGAGGUGUCAUCUCAGGCAUCGGCAAGGGCAUCAUUGCAUCCUCCACUGGUCUCCUGCUCAAGACCAUGGGUCUCAAGGUCACCUCGAUCAAGAUUGACCCUUACUUGAACAUUGAUGCCGGAACCUUGUCUCCCCUGGAUCACGGCGAGGUAUUUGUUUUGAACGAUGGUGGUGAGGUGGACCUCGAUCUUGGCAACUAUGAGCGUUACCUCGAUGUGACCCUGACUAGGGCCAACAACAUCACGACUGGCAAGAUCUAUCGCGAUGUCAUUGAGCGCGAGCGCAAGGGCGAUUACCUUGGCAAGACUGUCCAGGUGGUUCCCCACAUCACCGAUGCCAUUCAGGACUGGGUUGAGCGUGUUGCCACCAUCCCUGUCGAUGACUCUGGCGAGGAGCCCGAUGUCUGCAUUAUUGAACUCGGAGGCACUGUCGGUGACAUCGAGUCCGCCCCCUUUGUCGAGGCCAUGCGUCAGUUUCAAUUCCGUGUCGGCCACGAGAACUUUGCCCUGAUCCACGUCUCCUUGGUCCCUACCAUUGGAUCUGUGGGUGAACAAAAGACCAAGCCCACCCAGGCCUCGAUCCGUGAUCUCCGUGGACUGGGUCUUACCCCCGAUCUGAUUGCCUGCCGUUGCGAGAAGACUGGUCUUGACGAGGGUAUCCGGGCCAAGAUCUCCAUGUUUUGUCACGUCCAGCCCAACCAGGUCCUUGCCGUCCGUGAUUGCAACUCUGUCUAUCAUGUCCCUGAGCUCUUGAGGGAUCAGGGCCUGGUCGAUUUCCUCUGGAAACGUCUGAACAUCGACCAGACUGUCACGAUCUCACCUGCCCUGAAGGUAAAGGGAGAUGAGAUGUGGAAGAAGUGGAACGAUUUGACAUCCUCUCAGGAGCGUCUCCACGAUUCGGACGUCGUCACAAUCGCCCUAGUUGGCAAGUACACGAACCUUCAGGACUCCUACGCCUCGGUUGUCAAGGCCCUGGAGCACGCUACCUUGGCUCUCCGCAAAAAGUUGGUUAUCAAGUGGAUCGAAGGUACCGAUCUUGAGCCCGAGACCCGUACCUCCAACCCUGUCAAGUACCACAACGCGUGGACGGACCUUUGCGCCGCCCAGGGUAUCCUCGUCACUGGAGGGUUCGGUCGUCGUGGAACUGAGGGCAAGGUUGCCGCCGCCAAGUGGGCCCGUGAGCAGAAGAUCCCUUACCUUGGUAUCUGCUUGGGUCUUCAGAUUGCCGUCAUUGAAUUCGCUCGCAAUAUCUGCGGCAUGCCCGGGGCCAACUCGAUUGAGCUGGAUGAGAACACGACCACACCCGUGGUUGUGUAUAUGCCAGAGAUCAGCAAGACUCACCUCGGAGGCACCAUGCGCCUGGGUCUUCGCCCCACCGAGUUUCAGUCCGGCACUGAGAACUCAGUUAUCCGCAAGCUGUACGGCGGUGGAUCGACUGUCUUGGAGCGUCACCGCCAUCGUUAUGAGGUCAACCCCGAGCUCAUUGAAAGGUUCGAGGCCAAGGGUCUUCAGUUUGUCGGCAAGGACGAGACGGGUCAGCGCAUGGAGAUUGUUGAGCUGGCUGAUCAUCCAUAUUUUGUUGGAGUGCAGUAUCACCCUGAAUUGCUGACGCGUCCGCUGAAGCCCUCGCCUCCCUUUGUUGGACUCAUCUUGGCUGCCACCGGUGAGCUUCAGAAGCACAUCUCGGCCAUGUAA